AUGACGAUCGACAGUGACGGGACUACCAUUGGCGUAGAUUUUACGGCGACUGGGAAUAUUUCUAAUGGGUCGCAGUGCACCUUCUACACGUGGAGUCGGCAGACCAACUCAGCUGGCUUCCUCCGGAUCUUCUCCACCAUUUCGGUGUUGACGGUCCUGGUGGUGGUUGUUGUGCUGGGAAAUGCGAUGGUAAUUGCCGCCGUUUUGCUGCGACGACGCCUACGCUCGGCCACCGGGCUACUCAUCCUUUCUCUGGCGUUUGCCGAUCUUUUGGUCGGCACCGUCAUCCUGCCCUUCAGUAUUGCCAACGAGGUGCUGAGCGAGUACUGGAUCUUUGGCCAGACGUGGUGCACGAUGUGGGUGACAAUGGACAUUUGGAUGUGCACCGCAUCCAUCUACAACCUCGUCGCCAUCUCCAUCGACCGCUACAUAGCCAUCAUCAAGCCGCUCAACUACCCAAUGCUGGUCACGAAAUUCCGUGCCCGUUGCAUCGUCGCGUUCAUCUGGGUCUCGUCGUUCCUCAUCUGCUCGCCAUCAUUUAUACUAGCGUCUACUGCAAAAGAAACUGGCAACUGUAAAUGCACACCAGCGGACGCUGGUCGUGUUUACGUCAUAUUCAGUGCUAGCAGCAGCUUCUAUAUUCCGAUGAUUGUCGUUAUAUUCGUCUAUAUGAGAAUUUAUAUUGCGGCCAGGGCGGCGACAAAGAGCAUCUACAGCGGGAUGAUGCAGGUGACAGCGAACGCGAACAAGAACGCCCGCAGCUAUCUGAUGAGCCAUCCAACGGCUAUCAACAAAGAAUCGCUGCCGAUGUUGCGAGUACAUCGUGGCUCAAAUGUCGCCGCGUUCAAGACGUCAGUGUGCGACAAGACGAGAAACGGCAGCGGUUCGCCCUGCAUGCUCACCAGAAAUCCGGCCAACGUCUCCAAGGACGGGCUGCCGACCUACGAACAAACCAAGGCCGACAGUACAAUGCCAGAGCGGAAAUCCACUACCGGCUCUCAGGGGGCUCUAGCUUGUGCCAAGGCAAUUCCCGAGCGAUCGAGCACUGAGUCGGAGACGAGUCCAUUGGGAACACCGACAAAAUGCGAAAAAACGCUGCUCGAGCAGGACGAAGAUGAGGUGACAAAGAAGCCGACGGGGGGCUGGCGUCCCAAGAAUCCAUUGGCCAGGCUGAUGAGGCGAGCGCCAAAGAACAAGGUCGGCGGCGCCUACGAAAAACGCCUCUCCCUCGAAAUCAAGGCCGCCAAAACCGUGGCCAUCGUCACAGGCUGCUUCAUCCUGUGCUGGCUGGGCUUUUCCCUGGUCUACGGUCUAAACCUAAAGACCUCCCCCGUCAUGUGGAGCAUCCUAUUCUGGCUCGGCUACCUAAAUUCGGCGCUGAACCCGGUCAUCUACACCGUGUUCAACCGCGAGUUCCGCAUCUGCUUCAAGCGGUUGCUCACUUGCCACCACCUCAAUCACACGACCAACAACGUCAAGACGUACACCAACAACACCAACAACAACUCGUACAACAGCGCGGCGCGGCCGGGCGCGCUGAAGACGCAGCGCAACUCGUCCCCGCCGCACAUGUACGCCUACACCCCCUCGCCCCUGCCAACCACCGAGCCAACCCCGAACCGUGAUCUG